AUGGAAGAUAAUGUCUGUAAGGACAUUUUACUGGAUGCAAAAAGGACUUGCUUUCUUUUGCACUUGUUACUGUGCUUGUUUACUCAGUUGAAACUUGUAGAUGCGGAAGGGAAGCUCACCGAAUGGAUGCCUUCGGCCAAGGUUAGAGGGAAGCUGGAGCAUCCAAGUGGUUGGAUUUCUUUGGUAGAACUCAAGGAGGGCUACCGCUGGGCACUGCGGCAGGAGCGUGCUCCAGUUGAUCCUUGGGCUCUUGAAAAGUCUCAGCUGGCAACGGAGCUGAAGCUACGAGACGCGGAGCUCAAGCGUUGGACGGUCUUGGCGGAGCGUCUCCGUGCCGAGCGACAGCGGUCUUUGGAGACUUGCACGGAGCUGGCCGCCUACCUGGAGGAGCGCAUCCUCGAGGGAUAUCGAAUACCUACUGGAAGCUUCCGGCCUGCAGACGCCGCAGCUUUUGCUCACUCUGCCAAGGCGCAAGAGAUGCAACAGCUGGCCUCCAAGCUUGGAAUUCAACCAGCUGUCCUGUCUAAGACGGCUGUGCCCAAAGCAGCUGAAGAGGAGGACCCUGCAUACCAAGUGCCUGCUGGGCUUCCACCAGGCUCCAAGGUUGUGGGCUUCCGGCGGAAGACAGUUGAAACAGAGGCUGAAGCAGAGCCUUCCAUUGCCAUCCAGGGCCAGGGUCGUGUGCUUCACUCCAAUGCCAUUCUACAGCCCAGCAAUGCCUACUGUUCGGAUCUCCAAGCACCUGGUGUGUAUCCCUUGGCAAGGCCACCAAGCUUGGCUGCGAGGAACCUCCUUGACCGACCUGCGGCCGCACCUGGCAAAUCUAACGAGAAGUGGUCCUAUGAGGGCGACUUCUUUCAGGACAGAAGCUUCAUGGCAAGCAAGUUACAUGGGUUCCAGGAGCUCAGUGGAGUCAGCGCUGUGAGUUCCGAAGCUCCUCGUGAUGGGCCAGUGGAUCAAGCAGCGCGGGCCAUUGUCAGCGCUCUUCAUGGCCCUAUGAGCUGA